AACAAGUCAUCGAUCAUUGAGCGCACAGACUUCCACACAAGGAAUAUUCCCAACGAUGGUUUACGGCAGUACUCAUGCUCGGUAGAUAGCCUCCUCGUCUUCACGGACAACAGUACAGCAGGCCCCCGAAAAUGGCGCCCGCAAACGAGUACGUCAGCGGCGGCGGGAAGCUGAAGAUCAAGGGCGCGCCGGUGCUUGAGGGGCGGGUUGGGAAGAAGGGGAACAAGAAGCGGAAGAAGGAGAAGGAGAGGGGAAAGGACAAGGAGGGUGGGAAUGAGGGGCCCAAUGGGAGUCAUGAUGAAGGAGCGGAUGGGAUGCGGAUGAAGAGCGGUGAAGGGGAGGGUGCGGUGAGGUCGGAUGGGGAUUGGGAUGUGAGUCGGAGUCGAAGUCGGAGUCGAAGUCGAGGUGUGAGUGAGGGUUUCGACAAGGCUCUGGUGAGCAAGACGGAGGCGGAGAGAAGGUAUGAGGAGGCGAGGCGGAAGAGGCUCGACGAACGCUUCAAGCGCGAAGGCUUCAAGACACAUAAGGAGCGCGUGGAGGAGUUGAACAGGUAUCUCAGUAAUCUGAGCGAGCAUCAUGACAUGCCCCGAAUCGGACCCGGUUAACCACUGCUCAGUUGGCGGAUACACAUUUACACCAGUAUUGCACUUCGUCUUAACAAACGAUCCAAAACAAGACCUCGUUUCAUGCCCAUGAUUGUGAGCGGCAUGCCCGGGAAUUCCCGCUGUAUAUUCCGCCGUGCAUCGGCGGGGGUCCAGUUGCUUGUCCCCCGCCGCCUUCUGACCUUCUGGCCCCUUAUCUCCUGCGGUCCACAGUUGAAAUCUCCUGCCUCCUUACGUCAACACCUGUGACUAUCCUUUACUUUACCAACUGUCUUGAUCCGCACAUACUCAAGACAUGAUAUGUUCAUUAGACGUCAGAAACAGGCGUUGUUCGUUUUGUCUAUCCUAGUAUCGGGGUGCUUGGCUUUCUUUUUACCUUACGGUCUUUUAUCGUUUUCAUUAUCUGGGCUCACCUUUUUCUUUUCUUUUCUUCUUUGUUGGCUGUUAGCUACGGGAGCAAUGUUUUAUGAUAUGCAAAUACACAACUGUGGAAUUGGGAUGGUUCGUGUGGCUUUCUUGGUAAGGGGUAGUUUCGUUGUUGGUGUAUUUAUCCCCAAAUGUUAUGGAUGAAAACGAAAAACCAAAUGUCUAGGCUAGAUAUAUUUCUUUGUAGUAGUUGGUUGAUUAAAAAAAUAACACGAGGUCGUGCGGGGCGAAAUCCCUUGAAAGUGAAACGGAAAAAGGAAGAAGAAAACCACG